AGUUGAGAUGGUGCGUGCAAGCAGAGAAAACGUUGUUUACUCGCUCUCGCUCUCUGGCCGCACUCACUGAAAUGGCUGAGUGUGUGUGUGUGAGUGAGUGAGUAUAUUUGGUGGAACAGAACACGCUAUACGUGUACCAAACUUGUUCGUGUCUGUGUGCGAGUGAGCGAGUGUGAAUAAUUAUCCCAUUGCAGAUUGGUUUUAUGCGAGAAUAGAUUUUCGUGAGCCAAUAUAAUUUAUUAUUAUCAGUGGAACAAACAAUGGUUGGCAAACUAGAAAUUAAGUGCUUCAUUCAUCAAAAUUGUUUCGUUCGGUUCAUACAAUCCAUUCGUUUGGUUGAUAUUAGGUGUUUGGGUUCGGUUCUUUUUUUAAGUGUUUGCAGGGAAAAUCCCAUUAGGGAAAAUGUCGAAAGUGGAAAAUAUUAUUGUGUGUCAUCGUCGUGGUCGUUAUCGUUCUGGCACUCAUCGUUGCCGUCGUCGUCGUCGUCGUUGCUCUUGUGUCAGCCACACUGUGUGUAUAUGCCCAAUGGCACCAUCCUACUGAAUGUGUGCUGGCAAAACUGAUUCAUGUUUGUUAUUAUUUUGACUUAUGCACAUAGAUAUUUUCGCCGACUGCGUCGAUAGUGGUGGUGCGUACGUGCGUGCGUGAGUGAGUGAACGAGUUUCGUGUACGACAUGUGUGUGUACGUGACCGUGUCUAUUUUGAAUUCAACCGAAUUUUACGACUUGGCACAUUUGGCAAUCGUUGCUCAUUUUUUGCCAACUCUCGUUGUGGAUGCAAGUCAAUUGCUUGCAGUUACAUUAAAUUUGGGAGUCACAGAGACAGUAGCGAAGUCACUGGUGUAUAUAGUCUACAUUUUUAAUGGGAUAUCAAGUGACUUUGAAAAGAAUGAAGAACAAACGAUGAAACACAUUAGCUUUUAACGAAAUUUUGAAUGGCAAUAAAGAACGUGAUUCUUUUAAGAAAUAUCCAAUACAAAUCAAAGCCGCGACUCCAGCAAUAAAUAUCAAGUGCUUCAUUUUAAAUCUGUUACAUCAACCACUAUAAUCGGAAUCUGUUUCUGUUAAAAUUGUUAACUCUAAAAUUAUUACAUUGCAAGAAUUGUUAAGAGGAUAAAAGCGUAUGAUGUGAAAAUCUAUUGAAUCCCAUUAUUAGUGCCAAUAUUUUUGAAUUUUGUGAUACAACUUAACUGCAAGAUAUCAAUUCAAGAGUGGAAAUUUGUAAAUAAAAAUUAUCAUUUUGACGACAGUUCUUAAAAAAUUAAUUAGAAUCGAACAAUGAAAUCGUGAGAUGUGAACAAAGACCGAACAAUUUAUUAUGGAAUAAACUCAAUGAAAGAGAUAGACAUUUCUUUUUCUCGCAAUAAUCGAAUGCCAAACCAUGGUCAUGACCAUGUGAACUGGUGAACCGGGCCAUUUAGUUGCGAUUGUGCGGCAAUUUUUCUUCGAUUUGGAACAAAGGAUUCGGUGAACGGAUAGCAACAUGGAUUUCUUUGAUGCCGCUGCUCAAGAAGCGUCAUCAAGUGCAAAAGUAGACACCCAAAUGACGGCCACCACAACGAAUUCCGGUCAAAAUGUCAAAGUGAAAGUGGUUUCAUCGAAAAAGAAGUCCAAAAAAGGAGCGGCGGUCAUUGAACCGGGCAAUGGCCCCACCGCACUGUUUAUCCUCAGCGAAACCAAUCCAAUUCGAAGACUGUUCAAAUUUAUAAUCGAAUGGCCGCCAUUCGAAUACACCGUUUUAAUCACCAUCAUCGCUACAUGCGUCACAAUGGCAAUGGAAGAGCAUUUGCCGGAUAACGAUCGAACACCGUUAGCGAUGAAGCUCGAAGAGGCCGAACCAAUUUUCUUGGGCAUAUUCUGUGUUGAAGCUGUGUGCAAAAUUCUCGCAAAUGGCCUAGUUCUACAUCCCAAUUCGUAUCUGCGAGAUGUGUGGAACAUUAUGGAUUUCGUUGUCAUCACAUCGGCACUCCUCACGAUGAUUCCUGCACUUCGUGGCAAAAUGAAUCUGAAAAUCCUUAGAGCUAUUCGCGUCUUGAGACCGUUAAAGCUAGUCGCUCGAGUACCAAGUCUUCAAGUUGUGCUGUUUUCAAUUUUAAAAGCAAUGGCUCCAUUGCUGCAAAUCGCACUGCUCGUCUUGUUCGCCAUCAUCAUUUUUGCCAUCAUCGGUUUGGAAUUCUAUUCCGGCGCGCUGCACAAUAGUUGCUACAGCGUGGAAAAUAGAUGGGAAACGGUGCAGGAGAACAACAAAGAUGUGCCAUGCAAUUUGGACAGCAAGCCUGGUGCUCAUCACUGUGAAGAAGAUGUUAGCAUAUGCUUCGAAGGUUGGGUAGGACCAAAUAGAGGUAUCACGAGUUUUGACAACAUUGGCUUCGCCAUGCUCACAGUGUUUCAAUGUGUGACUAUGGAAGGAUGGACGCCCAUCAUGUACUGGACAAAUGAUGCCCUUGGACCAACUUACAACUGGCUCUACUUCAUUCCAUUGAUCAUAAUCGGAUCGUUUUUUAUGUUGAAUUUAAUUCUCGGCGUUUUAAGCGGAGAAUUCGCCAAAGAGCGUGAAAAAGUCGAAAAUAGACAAGAAUUUUUGAAGCUACGCUUAGCACAGCAAGUAGAGCGAGAGCUGGAUGGAUAUGUUGAAUGGGUGUGCAGAGCGGAGGAAGUCAUAUUGACCGAAGACCGUACCACUGAAGAAGAGAGACAACAUAUUUUAAACGUGCGUCGUCGGAAUGCACUCAAAAAGCGUAAAUUGAACGCUGGAGAUAAGACAAAAUCAACGGACACUGAAGAGGACAGUGCAUACGAUGAUGAAGAAUCGACGAAGAAAAAAGAGCGUGAGGGCAAUUUUUGGAUAGCCGAAAAGCGAUUCCGUUUUUGGAUUCGUCAUACGGUUAAGCAGCAAUGGUUCUAUUGGUUCGUGAUAGUGCUGGUGUUCCUCAACACUGUCACUGUAGCCCUUGAGCAUUACAAUCAACCACCAUUUUUAGCGGCUUUUUUGUUUUAUACUGAAUACGUUUUUCUCGCGUUGUUUAUGUCGGAAACGUGCAUAAAAAUCUAUGCAAUCGGUCCAUCGAAAUACUUUGAGUCAUCGUUCAAUCGUUUCGAUUGUAUUGUGAUAUUUGGUUCACUAUUUGAAAUCAUUUGGUCACAUUACAAGGGCGAUUCGUUCGGUUUCUCCGUACUACGCGCCCUACGUCUAUUACGCAUCUUCAAAAUUACCGCGUAUUGGAAGGAGCUACGAAAUCUUGUCAUCUCACUCAUGAACUCAAUGCAAUCGAUCAUCUCAUUGCUUUUCCUGCUGUUCUUGUUCAUCAUGAUCUUCGCGAUGCUGGGAAUGCAACUGUUUGGUGGUCAAUUCAAUUUUGAAGAGGGAACGCCAUCUUCGAAUUUUAAUACAUUUGGCAUAGCACUAUUGACGGUCUUUCAAAUUCUCACCGGCGAAGAUUGGAACGAAGUGAUGUACAUGGGAAUCGAAUCACAAGGUGGCAUCCAAGGAAAUGGAAUGAUUUAUUCGUCAUACUUCAUAAUCUUGACUCUCUUCGGAAACUACACGCUGUUGAACGUGUUCUUGGCCAUUGCCGUCGAUAAUUUGGCCAAUGCGCAAGAGUUGACAGCCGCCGAAGAGGGCAAAGCCGAAGAGGAUCGCGAAAAGCAGCUGCUAGAGCUCAAAAAAGAAAUGGAAGCGCUUCAAGGUGAGAGUGGAGUGCCAGAAACUACUAUAGUGCCAGAGAAAGUUGAAGAAGAAAAACCAAAGACUCUCGACGAAGAAGGGACCGGACCAAAGCCAAUGCUUCCGUAUUCGUGCAUGUUCAUAUUAUCGCCAACAAAUCCAAUCCGGCGUGGCGUUCAUUGGUUCGUGAAUUAUCGGUUUUUCGACUGGUUCAUCAUGAUAUUCAUCGGAUUUUCAUCGAUAGCUCUUGCUUCCGAAGAUCCAGUCGUGGAACACUCGCCGCAUAAUCUAAUGCUCGAAAAGUUGGAUUAUGUGUUUACCGCUGUGUUUGCCGUUGAAAUGGUACUGAAAAUCAUCGAUUUGGGCGUGAUUUUUCACCCGGGCAGCUAUUUGCGUGAUUUUUGGAAUAUUAUGGAUUCGAUCGUUGUUGUUUGUGCAUUGUUGAGUUUUGGAUUUAAAUUUUUUGCCACAAUGAAGAUACUUCGAGUUUUACGCGUGUUACGACCCUUGAAAACCAUUAAAAGAAUUCCCAAACUGAAGGCAGUCUUCGACUGUGUUGUUGGAUCAUUGAAGAAUGUCGUCAACAUUCUUAUCGUUUAUUUGCUGUUUCAAUUCAUAUUCGCUGUGAUCGGAGUGCAACUGUUCAAUGGCAAAUUUUUUUACUGCAACGAUGAAAGCAAACAUAACGAAAAAGAUUGCAAGGGAUCGUAUUUUGUAUUCACUGAAGGUGAAACAUUGCCGAAGAAGGAGGAUCGAGUAUGGGAUCUACAGAGUUUUCAUUACAAUAACGUCGCUUCGGCAAUGCUGACUCUGUUUGCGGUGCAAACCACUGAAGGAUGGCCAACUGUGCUGAUGAAUUCAAUGGCAGCAAGCUACGAGAAUAAGGGGCCAAUUCCGUAUUAUCGAAUGGAAAUGGCCAUAUUUUACAUCGUCUAUUUCGUUGUGUUUCCCUUUUUCUUCGUGAACAUUUUCGUGGCUUUGAUCAUCAUCACCUUUCAGGAGCAGGGUGAAGCUGAACUUCAAGACGGUGGAAUUGAUAAGAAUCAGAAAUCAUGUAUGGACUUCGCUAUCAAUGCCCGACCGUUUGCCACGUACAUUCCACCAAUGCACAAACAUUUCAAAUAUAAAAUAUGGAGCAUGGUUGUGUCACAGCCUUUUGAUUACUUUAUUAUGCUGUUAAUCGUAUUAAAUACACUACUUUUAAUGAUGAAGUCACACGGACAAUCCGAAAGUUUCGAAAAGAUUAUGCGAUACAUCAACAUUGUGUUCACCACACUGUUUUCAAUAGAAUCUAUAUUAAAAAUUCUCGGGUUUGGCAUUAAGAAUUACUUCAAAGAUGCUUGGAAUACAUUUGAUUUUAUCACUGUAAUCGGCAGCAUUGUCGAUGCUGUCAUAUCAGAAUUUACGGCGGACAUUAAAGAAAAGAUUAUCUACAAAGAUAUAAAAAGCACGGAAGAGAUGAUGGCAUGGGUGGCGAACACAUUCAACUUGGGCUUUCUGCGAUUGUUUCGAGCAUCACGGCUCAUCAAACUGUUGCGACAGAGCUAUUCCAUUCGAAUAUUGCUGUGGACUUUUGUUCAGUCGUUCAAAGCACUGCCGUACGUCUGUCUACUCAUCGCCAUGCUGUUCUUCAUCUACUCGGUCGUUGGAAUGCAGUUAUUUGGAAAUCUCCAUCUGGAUCCAAACACAGAAAUAAGCCGACACAAUAAUUUUCAAACAUUUUUCGGUGGAUUGAUGCUGCUCUUUCGAUGUGCAACGGGUGAAGCGUGGAACAGCAUAAUGUUGGCGUGCUUACCGGGAAAAUGUGAUCCAAAUGUUGAGAAGAAGGAAAAUGGAGAAGAGGAAGAAUGCGGCUCUCCAAUGUCUUAUGGCUAUUUUGUAUCAUUCAUCUUUCUCUGUUCAUUUUUAAUGUUGAAUCUAUUCGUUGCUGUUAUUAUGGACAAUUUUGACUAUUUGACGCGAGAUUCUAGCAUUUUAGGUGCACAUCACUUGGAUGAAUUUGUACGAGUUUGGGGCGAAUAUGACUUGAACGCUGACGGAAAAUUGGCAUAUCAAAAAGUGUACGAAAUGUUGAAAAACAUCGAUCCGCCACUUGGUUUCGGUAAUAAGUGUCCGAAUCGUGUUGCGUACAAGAAACUGAUUCGAAUGAAUAUGCCGAUGGACGAUGACCAAAGGGUUGGCUUCACAACGACGCUGUUUGCUCUGAUCCGGGAGAAUUUGGCCAUCAAAAUGAGAACACCCGAAGAGAUGGACAUUGCUGACGAUGAGCUUCGAGAAACGAUUCGAAUGAUUUGGCCAUUGCAAGCGGAUAAAAUGACGGAUCUUUUGGUUCCACGGCGAGAAAUUGGAGACAAAAGAACGUUGACAACGGGCAAAAUCUAUGCAGGCCUUUUGAUACUUGAGUCAUGGCGCACUACACGAUUCGGCAAAACACAAACUCAUUUAGGUUCAUUGCAUUUAGCUAAUCUGGCCGAUGGUCAUCACGUGGAAGGGGAAGAGAUGCCGCAUGUUAUGGAUAUGCCAAUGGAGGAAACUGGCAUGAUGUCACCUCGAGCAAGGAGAGAAAUGUAUGAGCGAGAGUUCGAUCGAUAUGCAAGAAAUGAAUCCAUUGACUAUAUUCAGGAGAAGCGACGAGCCAGAGCCCGUUUUCGACGCAGCAAUGUGCCGUACAGAGACACCUGGUCAGCUUCAUCAAGUCCUGGCCAUUCACCGUCUCGAGGCGACAGAUUCCGGUACGAUGACACAGACUACUAUUUUGGAAAUACGAAUCUUGGAACGAGAUCACGAUCGCCCAGUCCAAAUGCAUACAAUGUUCGACGGCAUCCAGGUGAUGGAGCUCAACAAUGCUAUCAAACACGACGAAUAUACAGGCAUCAUUUAACGGCAACCCCAAACAAGCCAAUGACGUUACAAUUGCCACAAACAAGCAUUCGGUUACCUGCUUUGAAUCCAAGUCCCUCAAUUUUUAAUCGCCCGCUGCAGCAUUCAUUAGCCACGCCAAACAGUCUUCAUUCCGUUCCGCAUGCACCGAAUACGAUGUUACGUCACAAUUAUGGCACAAGUUUGGACGACAACAUCGUUGGAUAUCAUUUCCGCGACCGUGAACGGGAGCUUUAUGAACGACAGAUUGAAUUCGAGCACGAACUCGACCGAGAGAGGUUAGGAAAUGACUUGCAAAUGAUAAAAAUGGAAGCGCUAGCCACUCCAAUGUCGCCGUUAUCAUUUGAGGCAGCCGUUGCGAUGGGACAAGCUGGCGGUUAUUAUCCAUCAACUUCCACAAAUACAUAUAAAGCGAAGCCGUCGUCGUCAUCUGCUGCGAAUCAGUUUAGCCACGAUAAUGGAGAUGAAUCAGAUUGGUGCUGAAGGAAUGAACGAAUAUCAACAACAUACAACAAAGUCAAAAUCAGUUUUAUUCAAUACCAAAAUAAGCCUUCAACGAAAAAAAAAAAACUAACCUCGCCUUUACACUAAUUUAAGUGUAUCUUUAAGUGCUUAAUAGCCUUGACUAUAAUAAAAAAAAAUUUAACCUCGUUUAGAUUUAAAUGAAUUGACUGAUAUGCUUAUAUUCGUUUAGAUAGACACAAUUUAGCGAUUUAACUUUAAUACCGAAUAAAUUAGAAGAAACAAAAAAAAAAAACUCUGAUGAAAAUACACACGAAGAUCGAGCGAAAGACGACACACUCGAUUUUCGGGAUACGUGGCUAUUCAGUAGAUGCACUGAACUACGUAUUUUCAUUGAAUUAAUUAAUUUACCGUCUUAGACGACUAAGACACGCAACGAAUAAAGCAAUUGAGAAAUAACAAAAAAAAAACUGUUCAAAAUACACACAGAAAAAUUCGUACAACCGAUUGAAUAAGGUUAUGACGGAGACGAACAUUGUGCCAAUGUUUUCAAUUCAAUCGGUUGUUUCCAAUUUGUACGUUUUUUUCCGUUUCAAUUUUUUUUCCAAUCCAAUUUCAAACUCUUACAUUAAGACGAACUACUUUAAACUCUGAUCCGGACGAACACAAUCCGAACACACAACAACAAAUUACCCCUGAAAUUUGCUCUGCCUCGGUACAACUUAUCGAAUUAUUAACUUAGCUUAUUCAUAAAAUCUACGACAUUUCCAAAAAAAACUUCAGAAUUUUUCGACAUUUUGUAAAACUAACACUUAGAUUCGAAUUAAUCAUCGAAAAUAAUACUGUUAACCAUUUGUAUUCAAACUAAUUGACAAAAAAACCAAUUAAUUAAUUAAUAAAUAAAAUAAUUUAGCAUUUGAA